UGAUGGGCAAGAUGAAGACUGUGGCACUGCUGCUGCUGCUAGCCUUUCAGUGCCUGGACGGAGUCUGGGCUUUAAAAUGUCACACUUGCCUUCCUGAUGCUGAAACAUGUGCUGGUCCAGUACAAUGCUCACCGGAGCAUAAAGCCUGCCUUCAUGAGACAGUGACUAUCACAGAGAAACAAACAAUGAUCAACCAUACGAAAGUGAUUAAGACGUGUGUGAAAUCCUGCCUGAGUCCUGGUAAUUACAAGAGUGAAGAAGAGAAAAUCUUAGACAUCCUGGAGUUCAGCGUAGAUCUCAAUUGCUGCACCACUGACCUGUGCAAUGCGGCACCAAGCCAGGGCCUGGGGGUCGCCACCAUAGGGAUGAUUCUCCUGGCCCCAUUGCUGGCCACAUUUCUGUGGGACUUCCCUGACUGUUGAGCCUUAGGAGCACAAAGGAGGCUCCAACAGCUGCCUCAAGUGAUGUACUCAGGUUCUGAGUCUUCUGCAACUUGUGUGGAUUACAGGAUGCCCCUCUCCCAGCCAGGGAGUAGCAAGUAGUUGACUGAUCCCAGAUGGGACCAGCUGCCC